UGCUGUAUAUUUUUCAUGGAAAAUGAAACUAAUCCUGCUACUUUGGGUUAUAAAAUUCUCAUGACUAACAUUUCUUUGCCCAUUCUACGUAAAAUAUUAGCUUAUUUUUCCUUGCUGAAACUCCGCUCUGAUUCAUUUAAACCUCCUGAACAUGAGCCGAUCAAUCAAGCAGCUCUGAUUCUUGCAAUAAAAGGAGUAUUGAGUGCCAUCGAAAGAGCAGAAGAGCCUAUAGAAUUAAGCUGGAAAAAAGUGAAAAAUUUUGAACUCGCAGAAGCUGCGGGUUUCAUCUCGCCAAUGGAUGAUGCAUCGCCUCAAGACAACCCUCAACCAUCUACAAGUACAUCUGCAGCGUCUGUUUCAACUACUAAAGCAUCAAAGCGCUCAAGUCAAAAAUCAACCGGUAAAAAUACAGGUUCAAAAGCAGUAGCACUUACAGAGCCUGGAACAUCACAGCAGAUCAAAAUUAUGCAAAUUUUCCCAACUGAAGAUAGCGGCACAAGUGAUGAUACACCGUCCGUUAAACAGAUGACUGGAUUAUUAGUACCAAAAGCUAAAGCUGUUCGUUCAGCUGCUCGGCGAGGACGGAACUCAUCGUCUUCACUUUCUUCUGUUACUCCAUCGUCAUCUCCGUUCUCUCCAACAUCUCCAUUUUCACCAACAUCACCGCCGAUUGAACGUCCACCUGUUAUUGUUCGUGCACCGCAACUUUCCCCUCGAGCACCAUUGCCAUCAUUUGCAAAUACACUUGCACCUACACUCGAACUAUCACUCGAACCUACUCCCGAACCUGCACUCGAACCAACGCUCUUGAGUCCUGAAUCUAGACGCAUUACCUUUUCAUCUUUAUCACCUUCAACUUCCACUAGAGCAACAUUGCCUUUACUCGAACCUUCAUUCCUAAGUUCUGACUCUAGACGCACUCUAGUAGAUUCAUCUUUAUUACCUUCAACUUCCACUGCAACGAGCUCGAAAGAACCGACAUAUGGAUUAAUAGUUAAAUUUGUGGUUCCUGUAUCAAUCCCUAUUCAACAAGGCUUAGUCCGAGUUUUAGAUCCUUAUCGAAACAAGAUUGAAACCACGCCGAUCUGUGGAAAUCACAUUUUCAUCAAGUUGAAAGAUAAAAAGGAUAUCUACUUUUUAAAGCGUCAAAUUGAAAUAUUAACGCGCUUGAGUCCUCGAAUUGUUGUCACCUCAUUUUGGCGGUAUCAAAUUACGGUCAUUAAGCCACUGUCACCCACCAUAAAAGAAUUUGUAAAUCUCAAUGUGGCCACGUUGAAAGGUGAAUUUUAUGUUUAUUCUCGAGCAAUUUCAGAAGAUUGUGAUAAAAUUAUAAUUUUUGAGGUUCUUGCUGACGCAGAAUGUCGACGGUCAAUUGAAAAUGCAUCUUGUCUACUAAGAAUUGGAGCAGAAACGCGUAAAGCAGUUAUGGUUGAUUUUUACAAAGAAUGUAAUAGGUGUUUUUUCUGUUAUGAUGAUGCUCAUUCCGAGUGUUCUAAUGCAGUACUCAUGACAGAAAGUGACUGAUCUGAAACAAAGCAUGUUAAAGUUCCUAACGCAACCCUUGUUAUAUACCCUAUUCUAAACGAUAUCUAUGAGCCAAAACUCGUCCAAUCUCAAUCCAGUUGAUCCAUAUUCUUUACUCCUUUCCCUUCACUAUAAUCAAAAGUUUUACUAUUUAUUUAUAUUUUAAAUUGACUCAGUUUACACCAUGACUGAAUGGAAAUAUUUAUUUUAAAACUUUUCAUUUAUUAGUAUUUAUAAUUUGACUGUGACGGACACAAAAUUAGGUUUUUUCACUAUUUUCAUGUUAUUUGCGAUUUUUUCCAUCCCUACAAUCAUUGACCAGAUAGUCCCAUAAACAAUUGCGGCUAUUGACAUCAAACAAUGUAUUCGGAGGACAUGUGUAUUCGUACAUCUUAUACUUUUCUUCAAUUGAAAUGCGUACGCAACGAUAAAAUUUACGACAAUCUGUCGGGUGAAUGAAAGUUCCUGGAUAUUUGCAGACUGCCCCGGAAGGCUUACCGACUGAUGGAGCUGUGGUUACCGUUGAAGAAGUCGCAUACGGAUUUGAUGUGGACGAUGUCCAUGCUGUUGAUAGGGAAGAAGAAGGUUGAGGCCACCAAGUUGAAGGUGAAGAUGUUGACGAAGGUUGAGGCCACCAUGUUGAUGGAGUCGAGCUUGUGUGUUGAUGAUGAAUUGUUGGAGCUGUUGAAUAAGUCCAUGACCAUGGCCUAUCAGUAGUUGAACUCCACAAACCAUUAUCAGGCUUAUUGGUUGACCCGCUUGUUGUUGGUGGUAACUUUGAUACUGGAAUUGAGUUAUUUGUUCCUCUAAGCUCGUUUACAGCAGACUUAAUCAGUGGAAAUUUGACUUCAGAGAAACAUUUUCCGGUGAAAUCAUCAUUUUCAAUCGACCAAAUUCCUAUCCCAGCAAGACCAUGGACUCUAGCAUAUCUAGAUUUUAAAGCGAAACUAUCCCGAUCAUCAUAACCAAUAAACAGAUUAUCCUUACAUGCAAAUGGUGCAAGAAGAUUUGAAUCUCUUUGGAUAUUCCACUUUGCAUUUCGCUGCAUUGAACAUAUCUGAAAUAAAGAACAAUUAUUCAUCAUAUCAUCAUGAACCAGGAAAUCAUCAUCAUUACUCAACAUUGUGAUAUUUGCUCGACACUAUUUUGUGAUUUUACUGUGUGUUGAACAAUACUUUUGUUGGAAUGCAUGCAAUUUUUUUAUCAAACUGAGUAAUACAAAUCAAGAGAUUGUGGAAUAGAGUCACAAGCUUUGACUUGAGUCUACUUUUGGAACGAAUCUUCAAUCUUUGUCGACCAAUUGAGCAUUCGAGGAAGACAUUAUUUCUAGCUUAACUACUGAAUUCUUAGUCAAGUUAUUUUAUAUUUCGUUCCUUUGACGUUUCCAAUUGUUUCUCGGUUAUUAAGUCAUUUGUAUUUGAUUUCCACUCAAAAGUAUUGUUCCUGCUGUAAACCUUUUUGUAAGUCGAUUCAGGGACGUCAUGAAAACAUAUUCAUUGCAUUUAAAUGUACCAUGCUAAACUAUAUCAUUCAAAUUGCUUGAUAAAUUAUGAAACUUCAAACCAUACAAAUACAUAGACAAAAAGUGCCAUAAUUUAUCCUCACAGGUUAGUUGAAUUUUAUCGCAAGAUGCUCAAACUGAUCAUUGCUCAUUGGAAUGAUGGAUCCUAAGUCAUUAUUAUUAGCUUAACAUGUUCAAUCUUAUUACCUCUAUAUUUAACUAUAAUUAUCUACCUCGAAGUAAGCUUCCAGUGAGCACCCAAAGUACAAAAUUGACUUUAUUUUUUACAUUUUUUUAUUCCUAUUCAAAUCCUUGCCCUUUAACUAACCUGUUCACAAUUUAUUGUACAAGUGUUAUUUAUUUAUAAUAAACUGUCUGAACUUGAAUUAACAA